UCUAGAACCACAUGCCACCUUGCUGUAGAGGAGUUUGACUACUCCAGUUCAGAGGAUGCACAUGCAAGGAUGAGCAUCUAUUGUCCAGUUUCCCUUUGAGCUUGUGAACCUGUGUUUUAGCCCCAAGGUGAGUUUUCCCACGUUCAAGCAACCCUCGUGGCCUCGUCUAAGAGGUAAGUUUUCUCAUUCACUAGUACCAUAUUCUGCCAUGUAAUAACGUAAAGUCCCAACUUGGAAGUCCCAGAAAGAGAAAUAUUUGCAAGUGUAACCCGUGGAAAUGCAUACAAAACCAAAAUUCUAAGUAGUUUGGAACAUUCAUUGACAUGAAAGGAUUCUUGAGAAGCAUUUUUGUUGCCAGCUUUCGUACCAAUGUUCUUGCUUGAGGUGGCGUCACAAGUAUUGUGGACGCUGGAGAGCAAGAGUCAUAUGCCCUGUCAAAGGAGUAGUCUGCAGAGCGCUUUGACAUUUAUUUUUGAACUGCCCUUCAUGCCCUUAAAAGCUAGUGGGUCAAUCCACUCAAAAUGCCCUAGACAUUUAGUUUGAUCACCUCCGAUUUCAUUCUUCAAAAAUCAUGAUUGACGAGUGCUUCCACAGCACAACUUCAGCCAAAAAAUAUUUAUAGGUUUCUGGCUGCUUUUUUGCAAAUGUAGUGAAGACAUAACAUUUAAAAGAAUUUUAAAAUGGAAGGUCGUUGAUUGAUUUAGUAUUUCCUUGUACGAUUCAUAAAGCAUUCUUUAUUGUCAAGGCAAUUUUUACAGCACGGAAGAAGCACGAACGUAUGAAGAGGGCAACACGGACAAGUGCUGACGGUUUUAUUUUGGAAAAGACAGAUACAAGUAGAGAAUUUGGAGCCGUUCAAGGGAGCCGCCAUCUUCUUGCGACGGUGGCGCCGCGGUGCGAGCAUUUGGCGGGGACUGCGGGCACCGCGAAUGGCUGCAUUAGCCGGAGCGGGAACAGCUGAUAAUGGCUUGCUGUACAGGUGGACCGCUGACGCUUAAAAUUGGUGCAGUCCUGUGGAAGAUAGAAUUCGCCAGCCGAGGGGGCCUGACUGGAGAAAGCUGCACUGACAGAAGUGCCAAGUGGAACCAGGGCACAAAAAGAAAUGUUACGCCAGCACAAAUAGGUGUUAUGGAUUUUACUCUGCGAAAGGAAUUCAGAGACCUGUCUGAGCAUGAAGGGCAGAAGGUUAAUGCAAAACGCUAUGAGACUCAUGAGCAGUAUGUGAGAGAGAUGCAGCAGUCCGUUAUAGCACCCCUUCUCGACAUAAAGGGAAGUCUACUGCACCAGACUGUAACUGCAAAAAUGUCACCUAGUGUGCAUGCUAAAACUAAGCUUAGAGGAAAUGUAGCCAAGCUCAUUCACGGUCCACAUGACGACGACGACCUGUUGGCAUGUGAUGUGUGCGCAGAAUUUUACGGCAAAUGGGUAAGAAUUAAAGAACCUGUGAGGUUAAAUCUUAUGCUGCUUACAUGCCAACAGACCGGAAGGCUUUGGAAAGCGAGCCGUAAGCUGCGCCUCACAGCUUCAAAUGUGUCAAAAGUGCCACGAAAAAAAGAAACUCCGCCAGAAAAUUUCGUGAAAUCAUGCCUCUUCAGUCAGUUUAGGGGAAACAAUGCAACGAGUCAUGGCCAAAGGUUCGAGCCUGUUGCCAGGCAGAUGUUUGAGCGUCCUACUGGUAUUCAUGUUGAACGUUGUGGCACAGUAGUUAGCGCCACCCACCCGUUUCUAGAAACGUCAGCGAGCCCAGAUGGCUUAGUUGGUACAGAUGGCAUCUUAGAAAUCAAGUGCCCACUUGUAGAUGACUGCCUGCAGCUUCUUGAAUCCAACAAGUAUGAUGUCAAAAACGUUUCAAACGGAUCAUACUACCUUGAUAAAAAAGGAAAAAAAUGGCUACUAUUACCAAGUCCAGUUCAUAAUCUUCUGCACAGAGCGCACGCACUGUUAUUUCUUUGUCUGGUCAGCUAUGAACUUUAUUACAGUUGAAGUGCCUUUUGACGCAGAUUUUGUAUGCCUUCACAUUUCAAGGCUGUCAGAAUUUUACUUCAGGCACUACUUGCCAAGGCUUGUUGAUGCAGUUCACAAGAACACCUUAGACAUAUCUGAAUAUAAGGAUUUUGUACUAGCAAAAGACGCUGCAGUGUGCACUGUGUAAAAUUGAAUUUUUAUUUUUGCAAUGGAUUUUCAA